AUGAAAGUAUUACAAAUAAAUCUGAACCGAAGACCUAGGUCUCAUGACCUCAUGGAGGCAAAAUCACUAGAAUUAGGCGUGGACAUCAUAAUAGCUAGUGAACCCAACAUGAAUCUUAUCAGAAACGACGAAAGCUGGAUGAAAGACAAGUUACUCAAUACUGGAAUCAAGAUAAGAAAUAGAGAACUCAGCUUGGGAGUAACUGAAAGCCGGGAAGGAGUGGUCAUGGCCGAGAUAAACAAAAUUAAAUUCUAUAGUGUUUAUAUACCACGUAACGACCCAAUGGAAAAUACGGAGAGAAUUCUGGGUGAAAUAAAUGACGUUCUCGGCCAAAGACCGAAGAGAAGCCUCAUCGCAGGGGACUUCAACGGGAAAUCUGCCGAGUGGGGGGAAAAGAGAACUGAUCGCAGAGGCUGCAUUGUGGCCGAGUGGAUAGCUAGCAAGAACCUAACCGUUUAUAACGAAGGAGAAAAGCCAACUGUCAUGAGAUGGAAUGGAUCGUCCAUAGCCGACAUCACAGUAGGAACUGAAGAUUUGAAAGACCAAGUGAGGAAGUGGGCUGUGUUAGAUGAUGAAACGCUCAGCGAUCAUACGUUCCUGUAUUAUGAGGUUGCCCAACAGGCCGUUCCCGCCGCUGGGAAAGAACCAACAGCAAACAGGUGGAACUUGCAGAAAAUGAACCCAGAUAAGACGCGAAAUGCCAUAAAAAGGAAACUAGAUCAAACCGACGAAAAGACACCGGGAGCGUGUAUGCAAGCUAUUACAGAGGCGUGCAACGAAACCAUUCCAAAAAAGAGAGGGGGAAGAACGAGGAGACAAACCUACUGGUGGAAUAACGAUAUUGCGGAAAAAUGGAAGGCAUCUACCAGGGCUAGAAGGGUUCUUCUGAGAGCUAGGAAACAUAAUGGAGCACAACCUGCCCUACAGGAAGACUAUAGAGGAAAAAACAAGUCCCUGCAACUAGCUAUUAAGGACAGCAAAGAGAAGAAGUGGAAGGAACUUAUGGAAGAAGUCGACAGAGACGUAUGGGGGGACGGCUACAGAAUAGUAUGCAAGAAGCUCAGAAAACCGGCAACAAAGAUAAAUGAGGAGAUAAGAGCUGAGGUGAUAAAUGAAUUGUUUCCAACGCGCAGCAUACAAAAAUGGCCAAUAAGAACAGAGGUGGUGACCCCGACGAUUAGUGAGAUAGAAGCACAACAAGCCGCCGGAAGAAUGAGGAACAAGAAGGCGCCAGGACCUGACGGGAUACCCUCGGAGAUACCUAAAAUGACAGUGGAAGUGUGUCCUAAAUACGUGACCGAAAUGAUGAACGAGUGGUGA